UGCACAUUCUGUCGGUUAUUUAUUUACUAGCAGACUCUCUCCCUAAUAUACUUGACAUGAGACGUCUUCAAUAAUAAAAGGAGCGCUUCUAAUUCUAAUUGGUCCAUACAUGAAGGCGAUGAUUCACUAAUAGAGGGGUUGGCUUAUCCACCAGCUGCAACCUUUCCUAGUCGAUCUCGCCCCAUCUCACUUGAUGACCUAAUUGGAGUGCAGGUCAACUAUGGAACGGGUUUCACCCAUGAUCUCUGCAUUUUUUGAGAUUUAAUAUUUAAAAACAGGGUAAAUGUGAGCAGUGUUGGCACCGCCAUUGCUCCUAUUUUGUUUUCUCCCCAACACACACUUUGCACUUCUUUUCACCGAGUCACCUUCGCUUCUUCAGUUCACCUGCCACUUUUGACACGAGCUCUCUGAAUGUUCUUGCACAAGUUCUGCUGCUGCUGAGACCCGCACGGAUCGUCAUUAAGCUCUAGUCGCACUUUCGGACGUACUUCAACGCUGAAAACGAAACUUCUGCCGGUUCUUCUGCGUGUCUUAAGUUUACCUUCAAGAUGAGUAUCAAAUCUGACUCCGAGUUAAACAACAAUAUCACUAUUGAAGAGGAGGUCCGAACUCUCUUUGUCAGUGGUCUACCAACAGAUAUCAAACCUCGUGAACUCUACCUGCUGUUUCGACCAUUUAAGGGUUAUGAGGGUUCACUAAUCAAGUUAACAUCCAAGCAGCCUGUUGGGUUUGUAACCUUUGACAGUCGUUCUGGCGCUGAAGCGGCAAAAAAUGCAUUAAACGGGGUUCGAUUUGACCCUGAAAACCCGCAGACCCUCCGGUUAGAGUUUGCUAAAGCCAACACGAAGAUGGCAAAGAGUAAGCUGAUGGGCACUCCAAAUCCCACAAAUAUCCACCCAGCUCUAGGAGCACACUUCAUAGCACGGGACCCAUAUGAUUUGACAGGGGCAGCACUGAUUCCGGCAUCUCCAGAGGCCUGGUCACCUUACUCUCUCUACACCCCAGAGCUCAGCCCCAGCCUGCCCCACACUGCUUUCACCUAUCCAGCCGCCGCCGCAGCUGCUGCUGCACUUCAUGCUCAGAUGCGCUGGUAUCCCUCCGCAGAGUCAUCCCAGCCUGGAUGGAAAUCACGGCAGUUUUGUUAAAUACCUAGUGUGCAGUAAGCAAUUUUCUCAUCAAAUGCUGCCUUGAAGCUCCAGUUUAAAAUCGGUCCACUUCAUUUGAAUAUUUUUUUUUUUUUUUUUUUUUUUUUUUUUUUAAAUGUAUUUAACUCGUUUGGAAUUUGGCAAUGAAGAUGAGAAUUUGAGCUAUGCAAGUCAUAUUUCCAUAUGCAUGCAGUAUUAGAUGCAAAUAGAUGGUUCAAUAGACUUUGGUAGUUCUUAAUGGAUCAGUUCCUCUCUGGGUUUUUUUUUUUUUUCUCAAUGAGAUUUGCUGUGAGUAUAAGGGAUAAGAGACAAUCAAGGGACAUACAGACAUUUGAGCAUGUUUUGGCAUGAAGUGUAGUUCUGUGCAUCAUUCUAGUAUGUUUAAUUUCUUCCAUGACAGGUGUUUGGUAGCUUUGUCUUUAAAGUUGCUCAUGUUACAUGCAAACAGUGGCUAACUCAUGUUUUGAUGGGAAAUGUGAUGUCUAGGCAGGCAAACAGAUGGUUUCACCAUUUCCAAUGUAACAGAGUAUCUGACUUUAAGAAAUAUGAUCAGACAGUCUCAGUAUUGUGUAUGCGGGAAGUGUUUUUGCAAUUAAGUAAUCUAAGUUAUUUGUAACUUUGUAAAUAAGUAUCCAUUUUUAGGUGAAUUAUCCCUUUAAUCACUUUCAUUUUCUCUUCUCCCACCUCUGUUUCUGAUUUUGAAUCAAUGUCCUUUUAUAGCAUUUUCAGGGGUUAAGUUGUGAUUUUCAUUGAUUUGACUGUCUUUGUGGCACAAAACUAACAGUAUGUGGAUGGCAGAUUUUGGCUGCUAACAUUAAAUUGCUUUUUCAAGUUAAUACUCUGAAUAUUAAAAAUAUGCUACAAAGGUGCAUGGUUUUAAUGUGGAUAUAGUAAUGCUUAAUUCAGACAUUUAAAAAUGGUGUUUGGUGUGAAAAAAAAAAUCUCUCUUGCACUUGGCAGUAGGAGUUGUGCAAAAAAAAAAAAAAAAAAUACUAUUGUAUGAUUAUAGUAUUAAAAUGGGAAUGCAUUAAAAUGUCUUGUGUUUUAUUUUUUUAAGUUAUUAUUAGACCAUACUUUAAUCUCUUAAAUGCUAAACAGUGAAAUUAAAUUUGCUGUUUCAGUACUGGUAAUUAUGGUCUUUUAAAAACCUCUAAUAACAUUGAACACUUAAAUAAAAAUUCCCUCAUUUACUCACCCA